AUGGAGCGCGUCCGAUCAAACAAAUCGAUUGAUGUGGAUGAUGACAUCCCCAUGCCAGAUGAACCUGUACUCGCCAAACAUAUCGCAUCUGUCGAUAAUGUGACCAACACAGCAACUGUUGCUGCUACCACCGCUUCCGCUCGCAGUAUAGAGGAAUUGUCCGAACUGAAUAUGCUCCAUGCCUUUGAUGAUGAUACCAUCAUUCCACUGAUACUAGCUGGCUACGAGAUAGAGGACAAGUUAGUCAACGAGAAGACGUUGCACCGUGAUCAGACACCUUACACCGUCGAUACCAGAGGCUUGCGCCUGACGAGUGAGAACAAGCUGAUUGUUCCACGUGUGAAGAAGGUCAUUCGCAAAGUGAUAUCCAUCCACCAUGAUCACUGGCUAGGAGGACACUUUGAUCACAAGAGAACGAGCGAGAAGAUUAAACGUAGAUACUAUUGGCUGACGAUGAACGCUGACAUCCUCAACUACGUACAGUCAUGUGUCAUUUGCAAGCUGUGCAGUGACCAUCCACCGAGGACGAUGGGCUUGCUGGAGCCCCUAGCCAUUCCACAAUAUGUGUUUGAAUCAAUCACCAUGGAUAUAAUUCCAAAGCUGUCCACUCAUACUACUAAAACUGGUAUAGAGUAUGACGGAAUACUGUUGGUGUCCGAUCGAUUCUCCAAAUUCACAUGGUUGAAGCCAUUGAUCAAGGGUGCGAAGAGCAUGGACAUCAUUGAUCUGUUACAAGAGAUGUUCUGCACUUUUCCACGACCAAGUGAGAUCGUAACUGAUAACGAUCCAUUGUUCACAGCUCAUGUCUUCGUUGAAUACAUGAAGGCUAAGAAGGUCGAGAUACACAUGAGUCUACCGUAUCGCCACAACCCUAAUGGCCACUCUGAGAUCAGAGUACGACUGGUAAAGAACGUCCUGCGCAAGAUGUUGUUGCAACGUGAGUUGUUAGCAAGGUACUUGCAUGAUGAUCCAACUGGGAUCCUGGAGGAGAUCACAACAAUUUUCUCGUGGUGGUGUCCACAAGGUCCAAAGGGGGUGUCUGGUGCUGAUCUCACUCAUCAGGGGUCUCAAAAGUUCAUAAAAGGAGGAUCACCCCCACUAGACAUAGUGCUUUAUGCAACAUUUUUUUGA